AGGAGGAGGAGGGCAGCAGCCUGCGGGAAUCAAGAGAAUCUUUUCUUUUGUCCUCUUGUUCGGGGACCCCGACACAUGGGGUCAGCAACACGGGCUGAAUGGGCUCGCGCUGAAAAGAGACUGCCCCUCUCCUCUCGGACGCGGACGCACGCAGACGCCGAUGCGAGCGCGCGCGCUAAUUAGGAAAACCUGGUCGCGAGCAAUUAAGCGCGAGGCGAGAGAAGCCGUGCGGGAUAUUGGAAGAGCGCGCAGAAGAGCACAUUUAGCUCCCCGGUCACCUCGGCACCAUGAGUUGGAGCUUCCUAACUCGCCUGCUGGAUGAGAUCACCAACCACUCCACCUUCGUUGGUAAGGUCUGGCUGACGGUGCUCAUCAUCUUCCGCAUCGUGCUGACAGCCGUCGGCGGCGAGUCCAUCUACUACGAUGAGCAGAGCAAAUUCAUCUGCAACACGGCGCAGCCCGGGUGCGAGAACGUGUGCUACGACGCGUUUGCGCCGCUCUCGCACGUGCGAUUCUGGAUCUUUCAGGUGAUCUUGAUUACAACCCCCACUAUUAUGUACCUGGGCUUCGCCAUGCACAAGAUCACCCGCAGCGAGGACAGCGAGUACCGGUCCAUCCGGACCCAGAGGAAGAGGAUGCCCAUCGUGAGCCGCGGGGCAGUUCGAGACUACGAGGAGGCGGAGGACAACGGAGAGGAAGACCCCAUGAUCGCUGAAGAGAUUGAACAAGACAAGCCCGACAAAGCAGAAAAAGGCUCAGAGAAAAAGCAUGACGGUCGUCGGCGGAUCCUGCGCGACGGCCUGAUGAAAAUCUACGUGUGCCAGCUGCUGUGGCGCUCGUCCUUCGAGGUCGCCUUCCUUUUCGGCCAGUACGUCCUCUACGGCUUCGAGGUGAUACCCUCCUAUGUGUGCACCCGCUCGCCGUGCCCGCACACCGUGGACUGCUUUGUGUCCCGCCCCACGGAGAAGACCAUCUUCCUGCUGGUGAUGUACGUCGUGUCCUUCCUCUGCCUGCUCCUCACCGUCUUCGAAAUCAUCCACCUGGGGAUCGGCGGCAUCCGCGACACCUUCCGCAGGCGGGCCAAGCUCAGCCUGCGCGCCCCUCUUCCGACCUCCUCCUCCUCCUCCGCACGCGCCAUGCCCACGGCUCCACCGGGAUACAACGCCACCAUGAAGAAGGAGAAACUAAAAGGAGACCUGAGGGACUCGCCGCUGGGCGACUCCGGGCGGGAGAGCUUCGGGGACGAGGGGCCGUCGUCCAGGGAGCUGGAGCGGUUGAGGAGGCACCUGAAGCUGGCCCAGCAGCACCUGGACCUGGCCUACCAGGCAGAUGAAGGAAGCCCUUCGCGAAGCAGCAGCCCCGAGGUCAACACGGCUGCACAGACGGCCGCCGAGCAGAACCGCCUCAACUUUGCCCAGGAGAACCAGGAGAACCAGGGGGAGGCGAGCGAGGAAGGAAUACAUGCCUGAGCGUGCUUCCUGCCUCAAACGUCUGUUCUUCCAUUCCUACUGGCCUUAAACACAUGGGGGAUGCACAUAUGGGAGUGCAGUCAGACCACUGAGGGAGACCAAAGCGUGUAUGUAUGUGUGUAUGUGUGUGUGUGUGGAUGAGAGAAUAUGCCUUUCAGUAUUAGGGCUCAGUCAGAAAGAAAGAAAGAAAAAGAAAAACGCUGACCGAGCUGCGUUGUGACAAAUGGUUCAUCUCCACGACUCUAAACUUGAAAGCCUGCCACAUCUGGAGUUUCCGCUUGCUGACCUGCGUCCAAACCUUGACUGUGCCUUUCGGCUAAAAACCUCGUCUACACCCUGUUCUUUCGCCCACUCUGUGUUUUCGUGGCAAUAAUCCUCGUCCAUUUCAGAAACCUCGCAAAGGAUUACCGAAAGCUUUAAAACUCCUCCCGGCCAAGUGUACUUGUGUCGUCCUCCUCACAAAAGAGAGGCUGUUUAUAAGAUGUCGCCCGAAUGUCUCACUUUGUCGAGAGAAUCUCAAAACAACAGCCUUCGGUUAUGUCACUUUUCUGGAGCGCUUCUUCGCAACGAAGGUCGGCUUAACCUGCGCGAGAUGUUUAAUUUAAACAGAUCUGACGUCGGGGAUUAUCGGUGUUUAUCAUCCACAAGCCACAUCAUUUAUUUCAGCAAACAUUUGACAGAAUUUUGAAGCCUGUGUAUUUACUCCAAUCGGCCAAAAUGUUUACCUGGGAAAUGCUUGAAUUCUUUAUCGACAGAUCGAAGAUUUUUUUGUACAAUCAAGUUAAAACGCUCCAUUUUAUUUUACUAUUUCCUGACCAAAGCGUAGCAUAUUUGUUUAGAAGAAUCGCCCAUUUCACACGACUGCUGCAAAGUAGGCUCUUGGAUGUCAGUAAAUCCCUUUAUUCCCUAAAUUAUGUCCUAUAAAUUUCAGAAAUUGAAAGAAUAAUUUCACAUUUUUAUGGGUGUUUUUUUCCGCUAACCGGCUGGAAACAUCUGUCCUCUGGGCUACCGUCAACAACGAAAUUCUAUCCUUGUCUUUUUCUGAAAUUCACAUUCUUCUUCGGUGAGACACAUUUUCCAUCCUUGACAUGCUCCGUUGUGCUGAAACAUGGACGCUUUUCAUGUAUCCUGGGAAAGAAAGAAAAAAGAAGCGGAUGACAGUUGGCUGCUGACGCUCAGCCCGGCGCCAUGUAAACACACAUAAUCUCCAAUUCAUCGUGAGACUCUUGAUCAAUGGCUCUUCCACUGCUCAUACACAGUUCAUACUUUCUCAGUUGGUUUUAUGGCUGAAAUAAUGAAAACGACAGAUUGCCCGAGAGUUGUUUAAUGCUGUAUUUUUGUAAUCAUCUCACUUCCAGUUUUGCUACUUGUUGCAAGGUACGACAUUCCAUUUUGAAUAUUUCUUCAAUGGUUUAUACUUUUUUUUUUUUUUUUUUUUUUCUAUUUGUAAGUUUUUGUAGUUUUUGUAACUGUAGAGAUUAUUUUGUCUUCAGAGUAAAUAAAUAUAUUUGAACGUU